GAUUAAUGAAACAUAAGGGAUGCUAUGUGUAAAUAUCUUCAGUUCAAAAGGAGGGAAAAGAACGAGAAAAGAAACCCUUAAACCCUAAAAAAAUCAAACCAGUUAAUCUCCCUCUCAAAAGAGGGGAAAAAGGAACUUGGUUAGGGUUUAUGUUAAACCCUUAGGAAACAGUAUAGCUCCGCGUGUUUGUGGGGUGAUAAGAUUUUUUUUUGUUAUUUGUUUAUUCAGAUAUACCAGCAGUAUACGCAGAAUGGCGAGGCUGCUUCGAAACGUGUCGAUUCUGAAACGCUCCGUAUGUUAUUUUGAGGCUCCUAAGAUAUGUUUACUUGGAUCAUCAUCUCAGACAAGCAGUUUCUCUACUAAAGGUAAAAAGAAAUCAAAAUCUGAUGGAAGUGAUUCAGGUGAAGAGGGUUCUAUCAUGUUUCUUGGUCAGUGUCCUUCUCCCAGACACGUUCCAGUAGUGUCUACAGGAUCUUUCGCAUUAGAUAUAGCAUUGGGAGUUGGUGGAUUUCCAAAGGGACGUGUGGUGGAGAUAUAUGGUCCAGAAGCUUCCGGAAAGACAACUCUUGCAUUACAUGUAAUUGCUGAAGCACAGAAACAAGGAGGUUAUUGUGUAUUUGUUGAUGCUGAACAUGCCCUUGAUCCAUCAUUAGCUGAAGCUAUUGGUGUAAACACUCGGGAUUUGUUAUUAUCACAGCCAGAUUGUGGUGAACAAGCUUUGAGUCUUGUAGAUACCAUUAUCAGAAGUGGUUCAGUUGAUGUUGUUGUGGUAGACAGUGUUGCUGCCCUUGUGCCUAAAAGUGAACUUGAUGGUGAAAUGGGUGAUGCACACAUGGCAAUGCAAGCUAGACUUAUGAGUCAGGCACUUCGUAAAUUAAGUCAUUCGUUAUCUACAUCACAAACUAUUUUAAUCUUCAUUAAUCAGGUAAGGUCAAAGCUAGCUACUUUUGGAUUUGGUGCACCCUCUGAAGUGACUUGUGGUGGAAAUGCUUUGAAGUUUUACGCUUCAAUUCGUCUAAAUAUCAGGAGAAUAGGACUUGUCAAGAAGGGCGAAGAGACAUUAGGAAGUCAAGUUCUGGUGAAGAUUAUGAAGAACAAGCUUGCACCACCUUAUAGAACUGCUCAAUUUGAGCUUGAAUUUGGGAAGGGUAUAUGUCGUGAGUCAGAGCUUAUAGAGUUAGGUAUAAAACACAAAUUUAUAUUGAAAGCUGGUGGGGCGUAUUACAGCAUGGGUGAAAUGAAGUUUUGUGGUAAAGAUGCCAUAAAACGUUACUUGGCCAACAAUUUACCUGUACGUGAAGAACUCGAGGCAAAACUUAGGGAAAAACUUGUUGAUGAACCCAAAAAGGAGACUACAGAUGCUGAAGAAGAAGUAGAUGAUGUUAUUGCACCGGAUUCAACCGAUGAAGAGGUGACCGCUGUGGAGGCAUGAAGUAAAAAUUACGGAUUUGACCUUGUAUUGUAAGUUGUUGUAGCGUGUUCUCUCUUAAUUUUCUUUGUCCAAGUGGGGAUAAAUGUGUCUUUUUACAAGUCUUUUCGGCAAAGGUGGCACUUGGGAGAACAUGCACAUGAACUGGCUUGUAAGUAUGGUAUUUUUGUAAUAUUGGUAUCAGGUCGUAUAUUAGAGGUUUGAUUUUGAAUGAAAAAUGAAAGCCUCUAUGUGUUGCCUCUUUUUUAUGGUUUAUUUUGGUGUUGAUGUUUAAAUUGAAGAAUUCAUUGUGCAUAAGAUUAAACUCGAGGAAACAAGGGUAAGUAGUUUUUGUUGGG